AAGCAUAUUUCUGCUUCAUGAUAUCAUUUUGCCUCUAUGGGUAAAAUCCCAUACGUCAUAACAAUUUUCUUACAGUUCUCUCUGCAUAUCAACAUAAGCAUGACUGGUCACAGCUCAGUAUAUCAUUUAUAUCAGCGACUGUUCGUGAUAUCCUUCAAAUCUUGCAUUCGACCCUACAGGCUCACUUGAACGUAAAACUGUAGACCAAUGGAGCUUUCAGAAUUAAAUGACGAAAUCACCCCGUCUGCUUAUUUCUGCAAAGAAAGCUUAAUGAACAGUCUUCUUUUACAAUGUAAAGGUUUCAAUAGACUCCAGAAAUACAUCGAUGUUAUUGAAAAUGGAGUCAAGUGCAUUGAAAUGGCUCAAGACCUCGAUGAUGUCCAGGUUGAGAUCGAAACAGCUUUGGAAUUGUGGCGGGCAUACAGGCUUCUUCAUAAAAACGAUAUCGCUGGAACAUUCUAUAGAGAAAAGUGUCUUGAAUUUGUCAUAAACUGUAUCAACGACAAUCCUCAGCUAGUGCAGUAUGGAUGCCAAGUUUCUGAGGACGACGAYGCCAGUCUUGUUGAAAUGAAAGUUCACUUUGCAAUCAUGCAAAAUGCYGUUCGMAMUGAACGCUACUUGGAACAGKCAUUAUGGCAUGGCAAGAAAUGCAUAAGCAUUGCACAAGCAYUCGGCGAGAAACUAAMUGAGCUCAUUGCAUGYUUGUUGCUCGCGGAAGCUUAUUUUCUUUUAGAGAAAUACGACMGAGCAAUCYUKCWCUGCGAARAAUAUUUGGAAAGCAGCCACGUUUGCGAUGCCCAAUUAAAAAUGAAGGCUUAUUUYAUACUYCAAAAAGCGUACUUUUCAAAAGAAGAAUACGUUCUGUCUAUCUCGUAUGGAAGCAUUUGUAAAGGUAUUGUCGAAGAAACAUACUGCAUCGACCCUAAUAUAGAAACUGAAGUAUAUCUAGGACUUGACGAGGCAUAUUCUGCGUUACACCUGUGCAAUGAACAUAUUCCAAACAAUAUGAAAUGUGUUGAAGAAGAAGGAAGUGACGAAGACGAAUUCGUUGAAACAAGUUUGAUAAUGCAUGAAAUUGGCUCAGCUAGUUCUCGAUCCUUACUGGUCGUUUUGAUGUCAUAAAUAGUACUCUGUACUAUUCUGCAGGGAGAUGAAGAGAAAAAUAUUAUCAACAUUGAUAAAAAUAUCUAAAUAAAGAAAAAAAAUCAUAGGAUGUAAGAACUGGACAAUGGUAAAAUAAUUUUAGAGUUAGUUAUAUUAGUAUAUUCUUUAUAGAAUGUGUGGUGGAAUUUCGGUGAAUUUCCAAUAAUUUUACAAUUCAACUCGGAUAUCUAUUCUUUGUAUAUAAGGUUUGACGUAUUUUACCUAAUAAACUGUCAGAGUUGCCAUAGAAAUAGAAAA